UGCGUCGAACGUCAAAAUUUUUAGUUUACCCUAUUUUUAAAUGCGCAUUUAAAUCUUUAUAAUAUUAAUUUGUUAGACCAGAUAUACUGUAGAUAGUUGAUUUACCGAUAAAUUGGUACUGGUAAAUUGUAAUUUUCAUUGUGGCGUUUGCCAAAAUAAAACAAUCUUCGUAUAUUGUUAAUUCCGUUUAUGAUAGUCUAUUUAUAAAAGUUGUCGUCAACGUUAACCUUGAAUAAAGAGCAAUAUUUGUUGUUUGGUUUAGGACUGCAAAUAUCAAAACAACAUCAUUACAUUCCAAGAGUUUCUGUUUACUAGUUUGUUUAUAAAUAACAAACGAAAUAUUUGAUGAAAGGUGAUUUAAAACCAACAAAAUGUUGCAACUACUGCUAAUCGCUUCUGUUUUAUUCGGUCUCUUUUACUACUUUUUCAUCAGACCUAUGAGUUAUUGGAAAAGACUGAAUGUGCCUCAAACUAAUCCGUGGUGGUUCUUUGGAGACAGUUGGGGUACAGUCUUCAAGAAGCACAGUUUUGUUGAUUUAACACAAUACGUGUACGAUGCUGUUCCUGGUAGCAGGUAUUCCGGUAUGUAUCAAUUUUCUGUACCCACGCUACUGAUCAAAGAUCCCGAAUUAAUAAAACAAGUUUGUGUCAAAAAUUUCGAUCAUUUUACCGAUCACAGAGGAGUCAUUCCGGAGGAAGCUGAUCCUUUAUUUGGAAAAAAUUUAUUCUCGUUGAAAGGUAAAAGAUGGCGCGACAUGAGAUCUGUUGUCAGUCCAACUUUUACCAGCAGCAAAAUGAAAGCGAUGUUUAUUUUAAUGUCUGAAUGUGGUCAAUCUUUUACCAAAUUCUUUCUGGAUAAAAAUCAAGAUAGUUUGGAAGUCGAAAUGAAAGAUACUUUUUCCAGAUUUACUAAUGAUGUAAUUGCCACGACGGCUUUUGGGGUUAAGACGGAUUCUUUAAAAGAUCCCGAAAAUGAAUUUUUCAUGAUGGGAAAAGAUGUUACCAAUUUUACGUAUUGGAAAUCCAUGAAAUUUUUUUUAUAUAUAACUUUACCUAAGCUGUGUGCAUUUAUAAAACUUCGAUUUUUGAGCAGAUCAAUUACAACUUUCUUUACUAAUAUUAUCGACGAAACAAUAAAAAUGCGGGAAGAAAAAGGAAUUGUACGACCAGAUGUAGUGCAUGUACUAAUGGAAGCUAGGAAAGGUAAUUUGCAAAAAGAAGAAAAGGCACUUGAUGUCGGUUUUGCUGUGGUCGAAGAAGCUGAAUUAGGAACCAGUAGCGUUACAGAAAUAACUAAUUUAGAUAUAGCGGGACAUGCGAUGGUUUUCUUUUUCGCUGGUUUCGACGCCGUUUCUACUUUAAUGUGUUUCAUGUGUUAUGAAUUAGCAAUAAAUAAAGAUAUUCAAGAUAGACUUAGGGAAGAAAUCCGUAGUACUUUCGAGAAAUGUAACGGGAAAAUAACGUACGAAGCUCUUCUAAAAAUGCAGUAUAUGGAUAUGGUCGUAUCAGAAAGUUUAAGAAAAUGGCCGAUUGCUGUUAUGACAGAUAGAGUUUGUACCCAACCUUUUACGAUUGACGCUAAAACUCCAGAAGAAACGACUCUUCGUAUAGAUGCUGGUACACCGAUAAUGAUUCCAAAUUUUGCAAUACAUCGCGAUCCUAAAUACUAUCCCGAUCCGGAUCGUUUUGAUCCGGAAAGAUUUAACGAUGAAAAUAAAAAAAAUAUUGAUUGUUAUACGUACAUACCCUUCGGGGUGGGACCGAGAAACUGUAUUGGAUCAAGAUUUGCUUUAAUGGAAGUUAAAGUGGCUUUUUUCCAUAUUCUGUUAAAUUUUGAACUAGUACCAACAGCAAAAACUCAAAUUCCGUUGAAGAUAUCGAAAUCGAAGUUGAAUAUUACAGCAGAGGGUGGUUUUUGGUUUGCCAUGAACCGUUUACAAAAAAUAUAAUCAUUUCCAUUAUUUGUUUAUUAAAUAAGUUUUCCUAUAUAUUAUUUUAUAUAAAAUAAACGUACGUUUCAAUGUU